UGUUUUAUGAUGUAAAAAGUUUGCAUUGUAUAAUACAAAAAAUGUAAAAUAAAUGUGCCCAAUAUAACCUGAACCUUCACAAAUUAACAAAUUGUGAUGGUUCAACAAAUUAAUUCAUGUUGCUCUAUAAAAUCAAAAGGUCACCUUAAAAAAAUAACAAGUUUCACUUACAGAUUUGCGGCCGUCUUAAACACAUAGAACAACACAGCACUAUUCCUUUUUAACUGUGUUCUAGGUUUGUUUCCUGCUCUAAGCAGCCAUGCUGGCAGCCUUAACUUUGGCCUCCCUGAGCCUCUUGGCCUGGGCAUCAAACCUCUGCCCACCAAAAUGUCAUUGCCUGCACAACCUGACCUCCAUUGCAUGUCAGGAGAAAGGACUGUACCUGAUCCCAAAGCUGCCAGAGGGGACAGAGGUGCUGUACGUCUCAUACAACAAGAUACAGGAAAUACCCCAACAUGGACUGGAGAAGCUGCAGGUUUUGGACCUGACUAGAAAUCAGCUGAAUGUCUUCCUGUCCCUCAAUCCAGUCUGGCCCAACAUGACAAAGCUGUCUAAGCUUUUUCUACGUGACAAUGGCCUGAAGUCUCUACACUCUGGUCAGUUCCUAAUGUGCACUGCUCUCACCAUACUGGACCUGAGUGAGAACCUGCUCGAACAUCUACCAGUCGGAUUCCUCCAUGGAUUAACUAAUCUGAAGAAACUGAUUCUGAACUUUAAUCUCAUUCAAACGUUACAGGUUGGUGUGUUUGAUGGAGCCCUCACUCUUUCUGACCUUCACGUCAGCCAUAAUAAUAUAACACAGAUAGAGAGGGGGGUUUUUGAGAACGCCACUGCAUUAAAAAAACUUGUUCUGUCACGUAACAGAAUCAGAAGGUUGGAUGAGAACAGUUUCAGAGGAGCGACUGUUCUCCAACAGCUUGACCUGAGUGGUAACCUGCUGAUAACUAUUCCAGCUGAGGCACUGAGUGACCUAAAAAUGCUCAAAUCUCUGCAUCUAAAGGUAAAUAGCAUUACCAACCUUGCAGAGGACUGCUUCGGUUCUCUAAAACUGCUGGUUGAUCUGGACUUAAGAAACAACAAGCUGACCACAGUGUCUGAGGGGUCACUGAGAGGUCUGACUAUGCUGCAAGUGCUGGACCUCAGCGUUAACCUCAUAGACUCUCUUCCCUCAAAAUUCUUUAAUGACCUGAUCAACCUUGAAUCUCUUGAUUUAUACAUGAACAGACUGACAUCUCUUCCUCAGGAUAUAUUCAGUAACAUGUCCAACCUUCAGCAGCUGCAUCUAGACAGUAAUCAGAUCUCUGCCCUCCCAGAUGGUGUAUUUGAUUCACUCCCGAGACUCAAAGAGCUACAACUGUCGUACAACCGUAUCGCGGAGCUCCACCCUGAUCUGUUCACCAAGCUCAAGUCGCUACAGAACCUGUACUUGGAGUACAAUAUACUGACACACCUUCCCAAUGGACUUUUCCACAGGAUGAUGCAACUGGUAGAGAUAGACCUCAAUGACAACCACAUCAGUUCUCUACAUCCCUCAGUCUUCCAUGGUUUGGUGAAAGUUAAUUCACUGAGGCUCUCUCAUAACAAUCUCUCCUAUUUACACUCAGACCAGUUCAGAGACCUUACUAGUUUAAACGAGUUAAAACUAAAUGGAAACCACAUAAGUAAACUUCCUACAAGCCUGCUCAAAAAUUUAGCAAAUCUUACAACACUGGAUCUGACCAAAAACUGUCUCUCAGAGCUGUCUCCGGAUGACUUUGUAGGGUUAACCCGACUUAAAGAGCUCCGGUUGAACGUCAAUCAGCUGCAGGACAUUCCCUUCAAUACCUUCCAUCACCUCCGCAACCUCGGAAAGCUUCUACUAAAGAACAACAACCUGGCAACUUUACACUCUCAUCUGUUUGCUAGGCUUUCAAAACUAACAGAACUAAACUUGGAUGGAAACAAGCUGCAUCACCUACAGUCUGACGUCUUCCAAGGACUUAAAAACCUGCACAAGCUGAGUUUAAAGUCCAACCAGCUUAGAGCAGUGGAGAGCAGGGCUUUGGAGCCUCUGAGAAAGCUUAAUGUUGUCUGGCUGUCAGGUAAUUUGUGGGACUGCACUUGUGCUUGUAUUCUCUACAUCAGCUGCUGGGUCAACUUGCACAUAGACAAGCUAGGAGAUCAGCCUGUCUGCUACCUCUACUCGUCAUCGCCCCUUACUGAGGAUAAAAACUCUUCACAAGCAGCACAGCCUUCCUUAUUGCUACAAGAUUAUUGCACUGCAAAUGUUGCGAGCAGCUCAAAACCUUUGUUUCCUCUACAAAUGCUUAGUCUGCUUAUCAUGUUCCUUAUAGCCGUCAGAUAAUCAUAACAUCCUUUGAAGUGGUUCUACUCUCUGCAACCUAUAUUUCCUUUCUUUGCUCUGCUCUUGGUUUUUAAGUACAGUAUAUGCACCUAAAUCUCUGUACCUUGUGUUAGUGUCAAUAGAUGAUUUUCAAAGACUAUGAUAAUCAGAUUAGACUAUAUAGAUUAUUAAUCAAUGAAUUGAGUUAUGUUGAGUGUAUUAUGUUAAGACUGUGCAUGUGUUCACAUAUACUGUUAAAACUGGCUUAGUGAAUUUGUGGCCAGAUUUUGUAGAGGUGUAAAAUGAUUGAUAAUGUAAUGCAAUGCAAUGCCUUGCUCUCUUGCUGCCUCUCCUGGACAUACCUAAAAUAUUGUUUCUUGUUAUAAAUG